AUGGCAAGCUGGGAGUAUUCGCACAAAGAGUUUCCUACGUAUACUAAAGUGAAAGAAGGCGAAACGCCUAGUUAUGAAGUUUUAUUGGCAAACAAAGAAUAUCAAAUUCGAGAACAUUGGGUUAGAGCAAUGGAAGUUCGAUUAGUCAAACAACAAUUGGGCAAAUGCCAAAAAACCGAGGGUGUAAAUGCUAUGGUAAAUUGCCGACGAUUGGCUAAAUUGUAUCUAGAAUUAUUACGAGAGUAUAAGGACAAUUACGGCAAUGGCAAUGGUUUAUUAGGCUAA